AUGAGCCGUUGGCACAGUUCAAGCUGCAAAAGGCCAGAUGUCAGUGUGGCAAGUGGAAUUCCGUCAAAUAACCCAAAUAUAUCAAAGGAAAGCACAGAACAUGGCGACAGCGAACUUCAGACAGACUCUCAGGAAAGUUCACUCCCGACACUGCCCUCCAAAGAUCACAUACGACUUGUCAGGUUAAAUACCGGUCCUUUCAAAAGCCUGCUUCAUAUUGACCUGGAGGUGGUGAGCAUCCACAGUUGUCCAGCUGAAUCAUUUGAGAUUUUCUCAUUUGACUCAUACUGGGACAUUGUUCACGUGUCAAACAAAUGCCGAAAGGCGCUUCGCUUUGUUCGAAACCAGGAGAUUUAUCGACUCUUAUGGGUGGAUUCAUUAUGCAUCGAUGACGCUAACCUCAAGAAGAAAAGUCAACAAACCUCCUUUAAACGAAAAAUCUGCCAAAGCGCGUCGAAAGUCCUUGCCUACUUGGGUGAAGAAACAUCCGACAGUCGAGAAGCUUUGGAUUUUCUCAACAGCAUCGCUAUAACAGAUUCCGAAGUGAGCACUGGCCAUGAGCAUAUAAACAGAGAUACUAGGAGAGCUUUGAAAAUCCUUCUAGAAAGACCAUUGUUCACCAGAUUAUGGUUUCUUGUCGAAGCGUUACUAGCUCGGAAUCUUAAGUUACUGUGCGGUGCACAUUCAGCUCCUUGGCCUAAAGUGCCUUUUGCGUUGGCUCAUGAAGACGUUCCUAUACCCGACUGGCUUUUUCGGAAGGAACACUGGUACGGGAUCAGUGAUCGUGAUAUUUUAACCAUAUUAGCACGAGCAUCCUCAUACGAAUGUUCCGAUCCGCGGGACAAGGUAUUUGCGGUGCUUAGCUUGAUAUCCCAGAGUGAACUUAGACCCGACUACACCGUUUCCGUUGAAAGUGUAUACACUGGUCUAUCUGCAUACCUUAUCAAAAUUUGCAAUUCCAUGGAUGUUCUCGAAUUAGCUGGUCUAACAAUAAAGACAUUCGACCUCCCAUCCUGGGUCCCAGACUGGUCGCAAGCAUUAUCCACGACCGCUACACCCGCUUCAACAACGAAUCAAAGACUCAGCCGAAAACACAAGAAAGUCUCAGGCUCAGGUCGUGUAAUAUUCCGAUCUUACCUUGCCUUUGACUGUGAGAGCCACCUGAGCAUCACUACGCCGAUCCUGCGCACUUCUGCUGUCAAAAUCUGCGAGUUAAGGGGCAGUAUCAAGCGUGGUCCAACUCGUGUAAAAAUCAGAAUGACGCUUGAUGAAAGAGCCACUCUAUCGGUUUCCUUCCCCGAUCGAGGAUAUAAGCAAGGGCAAGAUAGCUUGUUCCUUCUCGGUGGAUACAACAACCCUGUCAUUCUCAAAGAAGAUUCUGUCACAGGCUCCUAUCAUUUCGUAUCGACCUGCGCCCUUUCGCUCAGACAACCUCCUAGCAAUAGAUGGCUGCUGCCUUGGGCCAGUGAACGGCCGAAUGAGCGUCUGAUUCGAGAAUUCCAUCUGCUCAUGGAACAAACUACACAACAAUCUGUCAUCACCUUAAGCGAUGACGAAAUCCCCAUACCCUUCGCCAGCGUCAGAGACAGGGAUAAAUGGGAAGAUUCAAACAGAGAGUUUGGCUGGAUGUUCCGUGAUCAACAUGCAACAUGGCAGUUUCUUCGACAAGUAAAUACCUUGGAAAUUCCCGGGAGACAGGGAGAAUUUGAGAUACUAGUGGACAAGUUUGAUGACAUCCAGACUACAUUAUAUUGCGGUGUGAAGUUGCCUUGGACAUAUUCAUGGGAUCUCAGUCGAUUUAUCUGGUCGUUUUUACGACCUUUGAAUCCAGAACAAGCGGCUCAAGGACCACAAUGGACUCCAGUGCUGGGAAGGAUGAUGACGGCUCUUCCUAAGAUUAUAGGAUGGGCAGAAACGACGGAACAGCUAUUGACUUUGUUUAAAUAUAGUCAAACUAUAAUUGGCGCCAGCUGGGAAUCAUUUCCUGGUAAUGGACUACCUCAGAAGUGGAUUGAUAACUACGAGAAUUUCUACAAGAUUCUGGAUAUGGAUAAAAAUAACUUCAUAGCAGACCUGAGGACAUCACUGGAUUCAUCCUGUCACUGGGACAUACGAGAGUUCGAGCAUAAUGCCCGAGCUAGAUGUCGUCUAUGGAAUCUCAACCUACCUCCCAAACUAGAAUCAGGAAGUGCUAGUAACAUAGCAGUGCAUGCGGGCUUCAGAUCCCUAGGGCUAGAGUUAUACGAUGAGCAAAUGGUAGACAUCCUUUGA